AUGGACGCUCUAGUCGUUGACGUCCACACCCACCUCUACCCGGUCGAAUCCCGCCAGAUAAGGGGCAAGACAAUACCCUACAUAUACGAGCUCUCUACAGGUGACUUCGAGAGGAUGAAUGGCGUUGGCGAAGAGAACAACCCCUGGAUGGAUAAUAAGUUUAAUGCUUUAUUUUUGGGGGCGUUGCAGGUCACUACGCCGAUCACAAAUAUUAUUGUUGACGAGAUCAAGCACCUCAAGACACUUCCAACGUCGCGCGGUGUGAUCAUGGUCGCCAACGGGCUGGCCGAUCCUACAUCCGCGCAAUGGACUCCCCGCGCCGGCAUUCGGAAGCAUUGA